AUGCCGGUGAUUGAGAGGGAUGACGAGAGCGAUAACGGGGUAUGCUCGGCUCUUAACCUCCGGAGAUGUUUAAUCGCAUCUCUCUUCGCAAUGGCGUUGGUGUUUUGUUGUUGCCCCUCCUGAAGUGUUUUCGUUGUUGGUACUAUUUUUUUCCUUCCCUGCUCAUCCUAUUCUAUCCUCUCUCUCUCGCUCUUUCUCUCUUUCAUCUUCGCCAUUUCGUUGUGUGCUAUUCUAUCCCAAGGUUCACACAGACGAUUCUCCAGACCAGCUUCCCUAUAUCCGUUACUCUAGGGGCGUUAGAAUUCUAACUGGCGGAUUUACAUCCUGUGUCUUCAACCACCUUGUGUGAAAGGCAGGAUAUGAUAAUAACAUUUAUAUUUUCUUAUGCUGAUGUGGUAUUCGGACAGUCUGCGUAUUUUAAUGCCUCCAACUGAUCAUUCUUUGUUAUUUUCUGAUCAUAUAGGUGCCUGAGUCAGGUGUUAUGAAAUCCAUAUUUGACAGGAUUCUCAGAGAGGAGCUCGGCGUGCCUGUUGACUUUGAACUCCCUGACUCAUUUAGGAAAUGGAAACCUACAGAUUACAUAUCAAUCAAACGCAGUAUCCUAUCUAGAAGUUUUCUUUUCAGUGCCUCUGAUUUUUCUAAAAUCAUUUCAUUGCUGUCAUUUAUUUUCUGUGCAGCACGUUCAUUUGAUGUAGGUAUCUUAUUUGGUUACUUUCAUAUGGAGAAAAGAAAUGCAAACAUUUUUUUUUAGACUGGAAGUCGUUGAUGAUCUGAAAUGCGUUUCUUUCAAAUAAGCCACAAGCUUGGUGCACACAUCUUGGACUUUGUGAGACUUUUGGGUUGCUACUAUUUUUAACCUAUUCAUCUACUUGGUGUACCCUUGGAGAGAAUUGCAAUGAUACGGUCUUCACAUUCUAAAAUCCCAUGGGUUCUCCUUUUCAUACUUUCAACACAGUUGAAAAAGUACCAUCAAUAUUGCUGAUUCGAAACCAUACGGUUGGCAGAAUGGUUUUUAGGAUCCUGUAGGAGUGAAAAAUAGCAAAAAUGUUGAAAUAGAAUACUCAAGGAUAAAAAUCCAGUAACAAAGUUCAGAGAACAAACGACCAAGAUAAAUGUAAAUGCUUGCAAGGAUUAGUUUGAAAUGUUGAGCUCAGACAAGGAGAAAGGGUACAUAUAUUGUUAAGCUAGGAGACAAGCAGAGAACGGUGAUGUGGUGUGUAUUAAAAGUGAAGCUUAAAUACUUUGUAAGAGGAAAGUUAAACAAACGAUUUCCUACUGCUUUGAUAUGUGAAUUGCCUUUCCCUCCCUCUUUAUUACUUACACUAUUCUACGUUAAUUGAAAUCUGGUGUUUCCGAACCUUCGUGAAGAGAUUGCCAAAAUAUCUCUUGAGGUAAAAUUAAAAGGAAAAUGGCGUCAAAAAAUUGUAUAAAUUUCAUCAUGCAUUGUAUGUGAAAGUCAUUAUAAUGGUAUGAAAGUUUCCUAUUUAUAAUUUGUUUUGAUUAAGUAACAUCCUUUUUCUUUUUUUCCUUUUUCUCAAUUAAUUAACACGUGUAAUCAACAUGGAAGCAUCGUCAUGUUUGUUAUUUAUGGAUCGUGUGAUAAGGAACGAUAUUACCUAGCGUAGUUUAAUAUAUAACCUGGAACCAUAGAACUAACCUUAGAGAUAGGACAUUGAGAACAGUAAAACUUCAGGAUCAUUGAUUUGUAACUUUUGCGAUAGAAAUAAGGAGAAAUGAUAAUCAUAUCCUUUUAGGCAAUAAAGUAUGAGCUUUAAUACCUACGUAAUUGAAGCAUAGGAGAGGUAAUUGAGGGAGAUUUGUAUGGUUUCUUUUACCAGGUUAAGAGAGCAACAUCUUGAGUAUGCUGUGAUCGCCUUGUUUCUCAUUACUUCACAUUAAUCAUUUUAUAGAAUGAGGGCUAAACCAGCCAUUUUAAUGGAGGGAUAUCAUUCUAAGAAGAAAAGCAUUACCAUCAACGUAGGAAUAACUGAAAGAAGAAUGCUGAGAUGAUCCGCACUGCCUCUGAUUUUUCUGCUGUAUAAGAUUGUUUAAAUAUAAAAUUCUAAGACUCCCUUCAUCAGUGCUCACAAGUUUUGCCCACUACUUCUGGGCAGCUAAUUGUUGCAUGGUCACUUAUGAUUUGUAUAACAAAGUUAUUGCCUUCGUAGUGGCAAGCAAGGUUAGCUUCCUAGCACAUUUCUUUUUCUGUGUAAGAAACUUUUCGUUUUUGCCUUCAACAUCUAAAGACGUCUACCUCACAAAACGGCGUAUGGAAGAUGAUGGCAUAUUCUGCUCCUGUAAUCCUUCACCUGGCUCAUCAUCUGUUUGUUCUGGGGAUUGCCAUUGCGAGUAAGGCACACAUUUCUAUCCUCUGCUGUAAUCAGGAUUACAUGAAAAAUGAAAACUUUUGGUUGAUGUACUGAUUUUAAUUAUUUUUUAAUGGGUUCUUAAUCUCAUAUGUUGAUGAAGGGUGUUUUAUAUUUUACAUAUAUCCGGGAGGCAAAUGGACUGUGCAUAACGGAUGCAUAUCUCUUUUGCAGGAUGUUAUUUUCUACCUGCUCCUCUAGUUGCAAAUGUGGUGACUUAUGUAAUAACAAACCUUUUCAGCAACGAGUAGUGAAGAAAUUAAAAGUAGUAAAGGUAGAUUUCUAGAAGCAAUAUCUUUAUUUUUAUGUUGCUUACAUGAACAUCUCGGUGUUCCAUAAAGAUAGUGAAGCCUAUUAUUCUGUCAACUGCUUAUCCUUUUUCAGAAAAUAGUGUACAAUAAAAGUGAGAAACGAGUGUGUAGAUGUCGAAUGCAAUUUACAGUGUUUUAAAUCAUUUGCCAUUCGGUCACAUAGCAAUUUAAACGUUACCAUUUCACUAAUGUCAAUCCCUUCUGAACAUUUCAUCUAUCUAUUUGUAAUGGAACUUAAGUGCCCAUUCAUCAGUUCUUGUAUAUAUUUUCAAUAGGAAAACUAUUCUUGAGAUAUAUUCGAGGACUGAAUAUAUUAAUGUGCUUAUUUCAAAUAAGCUUUGAACUCAUAUAGAUGGUAACUUGUAGAUCCAUUACUCAAUUUUAGAUCUGUUACAUUUGAGAACUGUUAAUUGAUUAGUUGGUGUUGUGCUAUAUGAUUUGUAACGUUUUUUCAUUUUACUUUUUGAUUUUUAUUUGCUUUGCAACAUAGAUGGUAUUGGGCUUAGUAGCAGACAUUUUAGGUUCAUUUGAGUUUUAUCAUUUUUAUUAAUCAUCGUCCAUAUUAAUUAGAAUUUUCUGCAUAUAACAGAACACUGAGAACUGCUUGUUAAAUUCAUGUCUUGGAUAAAAGCAUGAAUUGAUAUUUUCAAACACGAUGAUCAUACUUAUGGUUUUAUUGUCUUCUUUUACGUAUUAUGUUAUUAUUUUAGUGUUAGAAAACUAGUAUCAGUUAUUCGAAAAUUCUCUUAUGAUGAUUAUUUUCGAUAUUAAAGCGUUUAUUACUAAUUUGAAUUUUGUUUCGUUUUUAAGUUAUAUCGUUAAAUUUAAUUACCAUGAAUUUUCAACAUUAGUAUAUUUAAUUAUAAUUUUUGUGAUUUUCUAUGUUCCUUAUGAGUCUUAUUUUUAGGAUAAGUUGUCUUUCCUGUCAUUGCAAUUUCUGAUGAUUACUCUUAAUUUUUAGCAAGUUAUUACGAAUUUUAGAUGCUUCAAUAACACGUGAUCUUCUUUCACUUUUUUGAAUUAAUUUUAUGAUAAGAAAAUAUCCUUAUUAUUGUUCUCAUUAGUUUGGUAAAAACUUUAAAAUAUUUUAUUGUUACUAGGUAUACAGAUUAACAGUUUUGAAUUGUUCAAUGACGGUGCACAUUCGGAUAAAUAGUUUUCUUUUGAAAUUUUCUGGAUCAACGGCCAUUAAAAGAAUGGAGUAUAUAAAGCAUUUCAAGCACGAUUUCUUAAAAGGAUUACCUAUUACCAUUGCCCUCUAUCACCAUGGUGUUGAACUAAAAUGAAAACUCUAUUCACCUCAAACAUAUGAAUGCCCUCUUGCUAUCCUAUCCAAUCAUCAAGUUGAUUAGGAUCUACCCCAAGAAAAUAAGCUGCAUUACAUGUCAGUGUGUUUUGACACACUAGUAGUAAUUGUAAAACGAAAAAAUUAUAGCAGAUGGCGUGUAUUUUGAUACUGCUUAAACUUCGUUUUAAAUUAUAAAUAAUGAUGAUGAAUAUUAAGAUUUAUUAAAAUAAAUUAUAUCAUUAAAAUGUCUAAAUUCUUUACGAAUAACAAAGAAGCAUGAUUAAUCCUAAGAUUUGCUAAAACGAAAGUUCUAAAGACUCACAUAAAAGACUAAAUUAACUAAAUUGUCAAGAUUCAUAAGGAACCACAAUACAUUCGAUAAAUAUUAUUUCUACAAGUAAUAAUAGUCCAAAAAUAUGAAAGAAUCAUAUCAAUGUAUCUUGACAAGAAUGAACCUACCAGAAAAAAGAAUCGUUCGUAUUAAUAAUUUGAAAAGAAAAAAUAACCAUGUAAAUAAGUGGUAUCUUAAGGAGAAAAGUCUCAAUGUAUCUUUUUCCUGUUGCAAAGCAGCUAUUCACAUUCUUUAUAUGACAUGAUUUUCACUGGAAAUUACUCAAUUAUGUUUCUCUUUUAGAUGUCCGGCAAUAAUCUGAUUGCAGUUGGCAAAGAUGAUGACAUUCAAAUGAACGUUAAAUAUUUUGUUAUAGCAUAAAUAGUACAAUAGUAAAUCAAACUGAAAAUAAUUUAACAAUAGUGCAUUCUGGUCUUUGCCAAACGGCCUUAUCAUUUUACAGAUCUCAAAAAUUAUGUUGUGAGAUCAUACAACAGCAGAGGGUAUGGUGCGUAGGGUAUGGAUCCAGUGCCAUGCUCAGUCUGAGGGAAGAACACAAAGAAUGACUCUGGUUCAUUCCAGGCACAAGUUUCCUGUCCUUUUAUUACGACGGAGGAAAUUUCUGCGUAUUUGCUUUCCUUGCCAUUCUUCUGUCUUGGUGAAUAUGAAAUUAUAUUCCCUUUUUUGUUUUUUCUAUUUUUUUCUGUUUUUUAAAUGCAAAUGGAAUUUAACACUGACCUCAGAUCUACGAACUUGUAUUCAUUUUUUAGAUUCAAUCCUGCAUGUAUGAUCUAAGGCCAUUCUUUUCCUCAAGAUUAAAUUGUUACUUUAUUAAUAAUAUAGAAUGUAAACCGAGAUUUAUUGGAAAAGAAAAGAGAGAAAAAUAUGUCAACUCGUCAGUAGACACCCUCUCUGGGAUUGCUUACCUUAGCAGUGCUUUUGGCAUACGUUUUGUUGACUUCUAUUCUACACCCAAAGAUGUAGGAGGAUGCUUCCCGAUAGUCCUCACCGCUGCAUUGCCUUCCAUAAUGAUGAAUGAACACCCAUUUUCCUAUCAAUUGUAAAUUUGUGGAGUUGUCAUAAGUGCUAUUAUCUAUACUCUCUAGUGGUCAAAUUUUCAUUUUUUUGGAUUACUGCCCUUAUUUUUACUUAAUAAUUGAUAACAUUCUUUAGUCAUUGUUAUCUUAUGACUGAUAAAAACUUCCAAUUCGUAGACAGAGAAAUGUGGACUGGGAUUAGUAGCAGAUGAAGAUAUACGGAAAGGAGAUUUUGUCAUAGAGUAUGUUGGAGAAGGUAUCCAUCAUGCCUUUUUAUGGCUACCAUUGUACCGUCCUGAUGUAUGGAGAGUUCAUUUACUUACUGCUGAGACAAUGUAAUCACUUUUUGUAUGGUAUUUUUCGAUUUUCUAGUUAUUGAUGAUGAAUCCUGUGAGGAAAGGCUAUGGAAAAUGAAACACAGAGGAGACACAAAUUUCUAUUUAUGUGAAGUUAAUCAUGGCAUGGUGAUUGAUGCCACAUUCAAGGGGAACAAAUCAAGAUUCAUAAAUCAUAGUUGCGAGCCAAAUACUGAAAUGCAGAAGUGGUUGAGGACUAUCCUAUCUUUUCUCUUUUUUUUAUUUACUUGCAAUUGAACUUAAAUCUUUGACCCAUUUUAAAGGAGAACUGAUGGUGAGACCAGAAUUGGCAUAUUUGCUAUCAACAGCAUAAGGAGAGGGGAGGAGCUGACUUAUGAUUAUCAGUAUGCACGUAAACAAGGACAUUGCAGGGUUCUUUAUCUAGUGAAUAUUCUUUCCAUCUCCUCUUGUGACAUGAUUUAUCCUUGUUCCAGGUUUGUUCAAUUUGGAGCAGACCAAGACUGCUACUGUGGUGCUUUGGGCUGCAAGAAGAAGCUGGGCAACAAACCCAGCAAGGCGAAUAACUCAUUCUCAGAUGCGAAUUGCAAGGUGGAUACCUCUUCUGUCGCAGAAUGAGUUUUGAUCUUUUUCGCUUUGUCAUGGAGCUUACUUUGACUAGAUGAAUUACUGUUUGAAGGAUCUGCCAAAUGAAGGAUCAUUUAUGGGUAGGCAUAUAUCUCAUCUUCUUGUCGCCUGUUAUUUCUGGUGACUAUGCGUCCUGUCAGCACAAUAUCAUGCAAAGGUAUUAUGGCCAUUCGAUUUAGCACUUACUUUCAUAUAAAUCCUUUCUUUCCUUAUUGUCUAGUGAAUCCAAGGCUGAACUUUCCUCGAAUGGAGACACAUUUUGAGAACUGUAUUGGGGAAGUUGUGCGCAUAUGGUGUUCUCGCUAUAAAGGGUACUCUGACAUCAUAUAUUACCCUAGUCUGUUUUCUUUGCUCGUUUUGUUCUUCUACAUCUUAUAUUAUCUUUGUUGCCUGAGAUGCCCCAUUUUUAUGUUUCCAAUUCUUUUCAAAAUUAGUUAGCUGCACUUAAACAUUGUAUUAAAUAGAUUCACAUAUGUGAAGAAAACAUCCUUAAACAUCCUUCUUCGUACUUCUACCUUGUUUUUGUUGUCACUACUGUUAUUAAGAUUCAUAUGUGAUCUAUUUUUGAACAGUAGUAUGUGAUGAAAGCUAACUCCCUAAUAAUGUUCCUCCUUUCCGUACAUACUCUGCAAAAGUUUUAUCCGCUGGGGAUUGUCAUUGUGUUGACGAAUCGUGUACCCCAUCUCGUCUGGAUCAAUCCUUGGCAUUUACUUUGUUGCAGUUGCUGAGGAAAGCCUUACAAACCUCAAAGACAUCUAUGGAACCCUUAUCUCAGGACUUCAGUUUUUAUCUCUAGAUGAUCUUUCUUCUCUCAUUUUUCCAUCUUCAUCAUGGCUUUUAAACUCUUCUUUAAUUAAUAUAUCAUUUGAUCUGGCUUGAAGUCAAGAACAGAAGUGUUAGAAACAUGUGACAUGGUCUCAUCAUUUGUUCGCUGUUGAUUCAUAAUUAUAUAACCAGUUUAUUUUAUAUGCUACGUUUCAAGUUCGCCAGUUUGGGCGAAAGGUACAUUCUUUAGACUCUUAUUCUCUCUUUUAAUAUUUAUAGUGGCACCAUCGGUAUGUAUACUGACAAGCUCACAUUGUGCUAUAUCAGUGUGUCAGAAAGUUAUCUAGGAUAUGGGCCAUUAGACCUAGAUGAAAUCUUAUGGUGUACUGCCCCUCUCUCACUUUAAAAAAUAGAUGUGUAGUAGAGCCACAAUUUUAGCUUAAAUCUUUUUUCUUCUAUUUUGAUAUGAUGUCAAAACUUGUGUGUUUCGCGUUUACCUCUUAUUUACUUAAUCGUUACCUAUGCCUUGUGUAAAAUACUGGAGCAAAUUGAUAUAUCUUCCCCUGUUUGUUACGCAUCUUAGUGAAUUAAGUAGAAUAUAGACUACAUAGUCCCAAAUUGUCUCAUGUUAGUGUGCUAGUAAGUCAUUUAGAAUUGGAGCUCUGAGGUCUGUAGAUGAGAUAGACAGUUUUAAGUUUUCUCGUAUUUUACUAAAUAUCUUUCCCAUGUAUUCCUAAGCCUUUUUGAGGCUGUUGCCUUGGGAAUCUUCUCAAAGGUGUUUUCAUCCUCUUAUUAAUAUAAUAAGAAAAACCUUCUUAUCUCUUGGUAUGUUUUUGAAGCUCCUUAAAGACCGGAUUUGACCUGUGAGGGGGCAAUAUCUAAUUCAGCCUCUUCAUACUCAUUCGUGAGGAUCUCCCACGACUUGAAAUUCAUGUAGCUCCUCCAUUUAGUUGCUCUGAUUCCCAUAAUAGAUCUUCACAGCAAAGAUGUACUUAAAAGCCACCAUCCUACUACCAGCUAUCUUAGAACCUUCCUCUGAUGACUCUUCGUUUGAAAGCUAAUUGAUAUCUUUUGUAAAUAUACAAAAUAUGAAACCAGAUUUCAUCAAUAUGGUUGUUGUUUGACGGUCCUUGUCUUAAAUAACGAAAAAAAAAAAAACUCCACAUGUCUAGGACUGAAUUUUACUCUAUUUAUGCUUUGGAAACUAUUCUUCCUAAGACUUCAGUAUGGUGCGCGAAUUGUAUACUAUUAUGUCACUGUUACAAAGACACUGAUUACCGACUCUUGAUAUGCUUGGAAGUAAACAGACUCUUCACUCAUAGAUGAGUCGUUGUGUCAAUUAGCUUAGAUCACUCUAAAAUCCAUAUUUCAUUAAUAAGACCCAAGAUUUUUUUCCACUUGUCGGAAACUUGUAUUCAGUCACGAUUUAGUCCUCUCUUAAGCCAUAAUGGUAGUUUAACUUUUGUCCACAAAAACGUUGACACUUGUUAAAUUACCCUGUUCCCAUCAUCUCACUCUCCCUUUCUCCUGCCCUCCAUCCCAACAUUUCAAUCAUUUUUCUCUCUUCAUUCCAUAACCAGCUCUUGGAUUCCUUGCAACCUGACUUAGGCUCAUAUAAAUACUUGCUAGUUUAAAUUUCUGGUGUGUUAUUGUCUAAAUUUAUGGAAAACAGUUGUCCAAAUGUUAUUCUUUAGGUACUUUGGAGGAAUAAUAUCCGGUUUUGACGGCCACUCCAGAAAGCACACAGUAAGACCAUGAUUCCUUUGUUAUGCUACAACUUUUUUUUAUCGUUGCCGGAUUAUAAAAAUUCAGGAAAUGUGGGUUAUUGUUGCCGUUAGAUUAUAUUUGAGGAUGGACGCAUUGAACUCGUUGACAUGUCUACGGAAGACUGGGAAUUCUUGUGA